AUGGCGGCGCAGCAGCAGCUCGGCCGGGAGCAGCAGGGCAUCACCCUGCGCGGCAGCGCCGAGCUCGUCGCCGAGUUCUUCUCCUAUGGAAUCAACAGCAUCCUGUACCAGCGGGGCAUCUACCCGCCCGAGACCUUCACCCGCGUGCAGAAGUACGGGCUCACCCUGCUGGUGACCACGGACCCCGAGCUGGCCAACUACCUCAACAACGUGACCGAGCAGAUGAAAGAGUGGCUGUACAAGUGCAUCGUGCAGCGCCUGGUGGUGGUCAUCUCCAGCAUCGAGAGCAGCGAGGUCCUGGAGCGGUGGCAGUUUGACAUCGAGUGUGACAAAACUGCAAAGGAUGACAAUGGACCACGGGAGAAAUCUCAGAAGGCAAUUCAGGAUGAAAUUCGCUCUGUCAUCAGACAAAUAACUGCCACAGUAACCUUCCUGCCACUCUUGGAAUCUGCCUGUGCCUUUGACUUGCUGAUCUACACGGAUAAAGAUUUGGCAGUGCCAGCAAAGUGGGAAGAGUCAGGCCCACAGUUCAUAGCCAAUUCAGAGGAGGUUCGGCUGCGUUCCUUCACCACCACAAUCCACAAAGUCAACACCACGGUGGCUUACAAGAAGGAUUCUGUUCCCUAAGAUGCAGGGGCAAGUUUUGUCCUGUCACCUUGUAUAGUUUCUGUUCAUCAUGCAGCUAAGCUAUGAGCACAUCAUUACUGUCCUCUUGAUAGAGCAUGACACAAAAGCAAUAUGCCUGUCUGCAAAAAUGUGACACUAGACUAAGCUGGCAUCAUUUCCAAAGAAAUUUUAAAAAGGUCAUAGUUCAAUUCUUACUUUACUGUAUGAGCUAAUCUAAUGGUGUGUUAAACCACUGCCUCUGCUAGA